GUAAUGGAAAAGGAGGUGAAUCUAUCUAUGGGGGAUAUUUUAAAGAGAAUGUGGUCUUUUGCAAAAUGAAAAGGUAAGAGACAAAAGCUCAGUAACACAAAUUCAAACUCUGUUCCCUUUUACCCUUCCUAAUAAAUAUUAUAGACAACUGAUUAAAUAUCAGUUUUGUGGAUGGAUAUCUGUAUUGCUUGGAGAAGUGAAGAAUUCUGUAUCUAACCUUUUUGAGGGGUACUGAUUGAUUUGAAGAUAUAAUACUUGGAAUUAUUCUCAGAUCUGAACAGUUGUCAUUUCUUUAAAGCACCUCCCUUUUUUCCUCUCUAAGGUUUGUAUUUUUCGGGUUUGAUUUCUAAAAAUACUUGGCCGUGUUGAUACUCCACACAAGGUACUAAUUUGCUUGCCUAUACUAGGUAAAUAAAUUCAUCGUUCACUUUCUUUCUAAAGCUUUUUCUUGGAAAGAAAGAGGUGAGAGAGUUUUAUUAUGGUAUUUGGUUCUUUUAAGAGACAGGGUAUGGUAUAAUUCUUAUUUUGUGAAGGCUGGGAAGUCCCUGUGGUGUUCCACUGUUGAAAUAAGCUUUUCCACAACAGCUGGAUGUUUCAAGUGUUGUGUGUAGCUCUUUGCAAUUUAGAUGCAUGCUCUGAAGCUUCUGUAGUAUAAGAAGUCAUGGUUAGGUGUCAGAAUAUGCAGCGUCUACAUGAGGAUGUCAUGUAGCUGCUUCUGAUUUUAAACAGUUAUACAUUUUUCUUUCGAAGGAAAAUGCUGAGAUUAGUAAAUGCUAACAAUUUGCUAUUGUAUCUUUUGGCAGACUUAAAGAUUAAUGGUACAGCUUUUAAGUCUGUAAUAUGAGGUUGCGCAUGGUAGAUUUUACUGAAAUAUUUUUCUAAAAUUAAUGUUGUUUUACUGAUUGCGUUUUGCUUGCACAACUGCAGGUUAGUUUACUUAAUUCAUUGCACUCAAUGAUGCAUUUUUAUAUUUUCAAUAUUAAUUAUGUGUUCUAUCACUUGGGUGAAGAGCAGACAUGUUGUACUGUUUCUCAUUCAGUUAUCCCUAUGAAUUUAACUUCCUUUUGCAUUUUGAGACUUCAAGUGUGGAUUCAGUAGGUUUGCUGUACCUCCAGAUGCGCCCUAACAGGGAGCAAGCUAUUUGAACAGGGUAUUUUCUACCUCCGUGAUGCUCACUCUGAUGGAGAAAUGGUAGCAGUGAACAGGCGCAGCCAUGUUUUAGCAUGGCAAAGGGAGAGGCGGUUAGAAAGGUGGCUUUCCUACAGGAAAUGUUUCAAGUGGUGUAAGCAUUUGAUGCACUAUAAUUGUAUUGAAGGUAGUACCGAAACCUUUGAAAUUGCAUUUAAAUACAUUAUUUUAAACAAUAUAUUUUGUGCUGUUUCCAGAGCUGUGACUUAUCUAAAAAAAAAAUACCACUGUAUUCUUUGCCUGCUGUUAGAGUUAACAAUUAUAACAAUUAUCUGCACUCGUAUUUUUAGAGGUUUGAUUAGAUUUAAAUUUUCUUUCUUUUUUUUCCUUUUUUUUUAAGUGUUCAGAUUUUCUUAGUGAGCAGCUGAAGAUUUUCUCCUUGUACUAUCCAUGUGUUACAAGAAAAGAAAAAUAUUAUACCUGUAUUCACCGACAGGAGACUGACUAGUGUGUUUUUUCUUCAAACAGAUGAAAACUUUAUUCUCAAACAUGACAGAGCGUUCCUUUUGUCAAUGGCAAACCGAGGGAAGCAUACCAAUGGUUCCCAAUUUUUCAUAACAACAAAGCCUGCUCCUCAUCUUGAUAGCGUACAUGUUGUCUUUGGACUGGUUAUUUCUGGUUUUGAAGUAAUAGAGCAAAUAGAAAAUCUGAAAACUGAUACUGCAAGUAGGCCAUAUGCAGAUGUACGAGUUAUUGACUGUGGAGUGGUCAUUACAAAAUCAGCAAAAGACGUUUUGGAGAAAAAGAAGAAAGUGUCUUCUGAGUCAGAAGCUUCAGAUUCCUCGUCCAGCUCAUCAACUUCUUCAGAAUCAUCAUCUGAAAGUGAAGUUGAAAAUGAAAGAAGUAGAAGAAGAAAACGUAAGAGAAGAACUAAAACUAAACAGUCAAGAAAGCGAAGAAGAGAAGAGAGGAAGAAAGAAGAGCCAAGGUGUAAACGGUCAUCAAACCAAAGAGGGUAUCAUUCUGACAAGAGCGAUGCAAAUGAGAGAUCAGUUGAUGCAACUACGAAAAGGGACAAACCUGUGGUACGUCCUGAAGAAAUCCCCCCGGUGCCUGAAAAUAGAUUUUUGCUGAGAAGGGACGCACCUGUUGUCAAUGUAGAGCCCGAGCCGAAACUUCUUGAUGUUGCACCAGUAUUGAGUGACCAGAAGCCCUCAGUCUCCAAAUCUGGAAGAAAAAUUAAAGGAAGAGGCACAAUACGAUACCACACCCCACCUCGAUCGCGCUCCUGUUCUGAGUCUGACAAUGAUGAGAGCAGUGAAACCCCUCCUCAUUGGAAAGAAGAAAUGCAAAGAUUAAGAACAUACAGAGAACCCAGCGGAGAGAAAUGGAGUAAAGGAGACAAGUUGAGUGAUCCUUGUACAAGCAGAUGGGAUGAAAGAAGCAUGUCCCAGAGAUCAAGAUCUUGGUCGCAUAAUGGCUAUUCUGAUCUUAGUACUGUAAGAUAUACCAACUAUCACAAAAAGCACCGAAAAGAGAAAAAGAAGGCAAAACACAAAAAGAAGUCCAAGAAGCAAAAACAUUUCAGGAAACAUAAACAAACUAAAAAAAAGAAACCUUCACUCUCAUCGGAGGUAGAAUCCUCUCGUUCUUCCACCAGGAAGGCGAAGUUGUCUUGUGAUAAAGAGAGGAAGUCACGUUCUUCCUCAUCUUCUAGACACUCAUCUAGAAGAGACUGGUCUAAAUCUGACAAAGACGAUCAGAGUUCAUCAACUUUAUCAAGCAGAGAUUCCCGAUCAUACUACAGGUCCAGGUCCAGGUCCAGGUCUAGGUCUAGAUCCAGAUCCAGAUCCAGAUCAUAUUCCCGAAGAAGUUCUAGGUCAAGAACAGCAUCUAAAUCAUCGCGGUCUCGAAGCAGAUCAAGAUCUAGCUCUAACUCGAGGCACCAGAAGACUGUCCCCAGUUCAUCACGGAAUACUGGAGCACGGUUAAAUGAAAAUAAGCCAAACAAGACUGAACCUGUAAGAGCAGCAAUACCACAGAGUGAUAAAGUUGUAGUACCCCCAGUUGUAACUGAAAGCCUUCCAGUUAUACCCUUAAGUGACAGUCCUCCACCUUCCAGAUGGAAACCUGGACAGAAGCCCUGGAAGCCAUCUUAUGAGCGAAUUCAGGAAAUGAAAGCUAAAACAACCCAUUUAAUGCCUGCACAAAGUAGUUACAAUUUAGUAAAUAUUAAGGAAGCUAAUACUACUUCCUCCUACCAUAAGCAACGCAAGAGUUCAGAGAGCGAGCGAAGUGGCUAUUCAAAGUAUCGUAGUGACAGAAGUUCAGAUAGUUGGCCAAGAUCAAGGAGCAGAUCUUCUCGAAGUAGAUCCUACUCUAGAUCAUAUACAAGAUCGAGAAGUCCAUCUAGUUCAAGAACAAGAUCUCGGUCAACUGGCAGAUCCCAGUCAAUAAAUAAAUAUCGCAGUGACCAGUCAGGCUACAGCGGGUCUUCCUCAUAUUACUCCCUUAGUGAUGAAGAUCGAGGCAGAAGCAAAAGAAAAUCUGAGUCAAGUGAACAAAACUUCCAAUCGCUUAAGAAAAGGCAGAAAAGUAGCUCUGAAAGUACUCUUCCUUACAAAAGCUCUAAAGACUAUGACGAGUCGUCUCAAGGGCGAAAAGGAAGUGCGAGUAGGUCAUCUUCAGACUUUUCUACAGACAGCGAGCAUUCUGGUAGAGUCCAGACGGCCCAAGAAAAAGAAGGCCAUUUUCAGUCAGAAGGGGAGAAUCCAAAACGGGAUAAGAAUAAUCUGACUUCCGACAGAGCUGAGGAAAAAGCGAAGAGUGACUGGGAUAGUGCCCGUUCUAAAACAAAAACCUUCAAGGAGAGAUCUUCAGAGCGGCCUAGAAGUGGUGCCAAGACCAGAAGAAAAUCCUAUUCAGGCAGCAAGUGGGACUCCGAAUCAAAUUCAGAAAGAGAUGAAACUCGAAAUGGUCGAGAUGAGUCUAGGCCUUCAUCUAGCAAAGAGGAAGGUGAGGCUUCCUCGGGAUCUGAUACGGAAGUUGGUCCUGUCAAAAGCAGGGUGAAAACGAAAGCAAAUUCUUCAGAAGGGUUCCUGGAUUCGGAUCGUACUUGGAAGACAAGCAAACGGCAGUCCUCCUCUUCAGAGUCAGAGAGUUCCCACUCUAGUUCAGCAAAUAUUAGAGGAAAGACCAAAAAACAUAAGCAUGCAUCCAAAAAAACUCUGAAGAAGUCACAUUCCAGAAAAGCCAAAGAAAAAUCAAAGGGGAAAAAAGAAAAGAAGCGUAAGGUUCAAAAACAAAAGGAAGCGUUUCACUGGCAGCCGCCACUGGAGUUCGGUGAGGAGGAAGAGGAGGAUGCGAAUGAGCAGCCAGUUACCAGGGAUGAAAAGGAAAAGCAAGUUGCCAAGGACAUUACAGAAAAGAAUCAACAAACUUGUGAAAACAGUGACCUGUGCCAAGAUAAAAAUGAAAAGGAUGAAAAGUCUUGUGGAGCUGAAAACCUCGCAAGUAAAAAUGUUGCUUGCAGCUCAUCACCGGACCAUAGUUACUUUAGUAAAGAAGACGGUGAAAAGAGCACUUCAGCUGCAACCUCAAAUCCAGAGAUAAAUGCGACGGCUCCAAACGGCAAUCUUAAAAACGCCGAAGUAAGUAACCAGAAUGGGUCGGAAGAUGUCUUACAAACAGAUGACAACAUGGAGAUUUGUACUCCAGAUCGUAACUCUCCUGGGAAGGUAGUUGUGAACAUCUUGUCUCCCGUCAACCUGAAUGCUAAGCCUCAGACUUCGGAUACUAGUGUGAGCAAAGAUUUACAAACUGAGAGCCCGGAACUGAGCACUGCCAAACAGGGAAACGUUAGGGAAUUGAUCAACAUGAAAGAAAAAAGAGAAAUAGGAAAACAAGAUAGUAACUCUGUCACUAUGCCCAUUGCUGUGGAAAAUGCCGUGAAAACCGAAAUAGGUGAAAGCACACAAAGCAGUAUGAUAGAUAACAAAUGGAAACCUCUGCAAGGUGUAAGCAAUCUACAGUCCGCUACUAAUAAUAGUGCUGUAGAAGUUAAAAGCACUGCUUCGGCACCUGAGUCUAAACCGCAAGGCUUAAGAAUAGAAAUAAAAAGUAAAAAUAAAAUCCGGCCUGGAUCUCUGUUUGAUGAAGUUAGAAAAACAGCACGACUAAAUCGAAGGCCAAGAAACCAAGAAAGCUCAAGCGAAGAACAGUCUCCAAGUAGAGAUGACAACAGCCAGUCCAGGAGCCUGAGUAGGUCACGAAGUAAAUCUGAAUCUAAAUCCAGACAUAGAACAAGAUCUCUAUCCUACAGUCAUUCACGAAGUCGAUCACGGAGUUCCACUUCCUCUUAUAGGUCCCGAAGCUAUACAAGAAGUCGAAGCAGGGGAUGGUACAGUAGGGAUCGGUCAAGAAGUCGGAGUAGCUCGUACCACAGUUACAAGAGUCGGAGUCGAACCUAUAGUAGAAGUCGAUCCAGAAGCAGUUCAUAUGAUCGUCACAGUCGAUCCAGUAGGUCAUAUACCUAUGAUAGUUACUAUAGCAGAAGUCGUAGUCGAAGUAGAAGUAAAAGGAGCGACAGCUAUCGCAGAUCUCGAAGCUAUGACCGACGGUCCAGGUCUUCUGGCUCCGACAGUGAGAGUGACCGUAGUUACUCUAACAAUCGAAGUCCCAGCGAAAGUAGCAGAUACAGUUGAAAAUGUUUCCUUGGCAGUGUAGAUUGUGUUUACUAAUUCUGUAUCCAUGUUGUUAAAUACCUAUGACCUCUCAGUGCCAGAAGUGGAAAUGAAGGAUAUUUACUAAGCUGGGUGAAACCUGCUUAUUUUAACAAAAGUUUCACAGGAUGCAUGCACGUGAACGGAAACGUUGAGCACAAAUAACUCAAGUUAUUUUGUUUGAUUGAUUUACUUUUUUAUAUAUUCUUCCCAAUUUUUUUGUUUUAAUCAAAUUUUCUAAGCCAGGAGAUGAUAUUUAUGUAAAUUUGCUGGUAUUCCUUUUUGGGGUGCAGCAGCCUGUACUGUCUCAAAGUAUCCUUUUGGCUCUCAGCCUGUUAAUCGAAAAUACAUACCGACAACUGUAAAACUGUGAAGAAAAAUACUUAGAAAAGGCUGCCAUCUGCGUAGCUUAUUAAAAUGCUUUUGAAAAUGCUGGAGCAUUAAUUCAUUAGUAUCUUGUACAUUCUCUGUUAAUCAAACAGCUAGAUGAUGAAAACAAAGGCUGCCGUUCUGUCUUAACUCUCACCCCAUUGUACGUUGGCAUUGGAGAGGUAGAGGAAAGCGAUGAGAUGCACCGUGCAGACUGCAGUAUUGCGGCUCAGUGUGCAAAGAAAAAGAUCAUUCAACUUUUGAUUCUUCACUUGCUUAAGAACUCAAACGUUCUAAAGUGAUUUUUGUGACACUUAACAUAAAGGUUUUCAAAUAAGAAGACCUUGCUUCUAAGCAGUGCUAUUUCAAAUACAUGUUACUGUGCUAGGUGCAUGUCACUGCAUCUCUGAAGUUGAACAUUAUUUUAAACCUUUGAGUUGUAUCACAAAAAAAAAACCCCAAAACAGUUUGAUGGAGUAAAACAUAAUGGCUCCUUCUGAACUGUUUGUAGAGAGAACAUUGUUAAAGGUGCAUCCCUCUAUUGUAGAGGGAUAUAUAGAUAUGGGACUAUGUACUGUUAAUCUGUAAAAUGCUAUUACUGUAAAAAUACUAACGCCUAAUAAAAAACGUGUAUGGUACUUUGGACAUUUAAUACCAAAAAUGAGUCCACAUAUCAAUGAAUUGUUUGUAAAAGGUUUGUUUUUAAAUUGGGGCGCAUUUACUAAUUCUUCAAAUGUUCUGAUUCAGUUCAUUAUAAUUACUUGUAAAUUGUUCAAGUGUUUAGGAAUAUGUAUACUAAGCAGUGAUCUUUUCAUUUUUUUUUUGAAAACUGGGUUAAUAAUGGAAAAAUCUGACUAACAUAGCUUUAGCAGUGCAACUGAGUACUGACGUAUUAUAGCAUGCCUUACUAAUUUUCUGUAAUUAUUUUGAGAUGCUUUGGUUUUUCCUCAUAAGUUUUGAAACAGUCAGAAUAUUUUUUUAUCCCAUCAGGAAACAAGCGCUUUGAAAUGUAGAAGUUUUGUUGUAACUUUUGUUUUUCUCAUAGUUAUCAACUCUCACACUUUGAUAGCAUGGAAGUACUAAAAAUUAGGUUCCCGGCUGAAACAUGCAAGGGACUUCAAUAUUUUCACCUUUCAUUUCAUCACGUGUUGCACUCUGCGUUCUGUUUGUGUCACAGGCUCACUUGAUAUGCAAGAUCCUGGGGAUACCCUACAGUGGCCCAAUGGAGAUACUAAUAUCCAGAUUUCAAAUGGCUCUUAAUCCCAAUUUUGUCAUUAAAUCCCUCUAAUUAAACCCUUUUAACUCUUUCUUAUAAACUCAAAAAAGAGGUUAUAUAUGCAAAAUCCAUACUUUAUAAAUUAUAGAAAUAGAUGUUUAAUGUUAAAAAGCAUUGCAUUCUAGCUUUUUUUUUGUGUGUGUUUACACAACCUUUUUUAAUAAGGUAACAAUAUGCUGUACACAGUUGUGAAGCAGGUAUUUUGUUGUGAACUGUACAUGAUACAGCUCCAUAAGAUUGCUCCCAGGCUAUGACUUCUGCCAUGUUUCUGGUCAGAGUUUAUCUGUGAAGCUGGGAAAAUAUUGUACAAGAAAGAGACUUGUACAAUUUUAUUAUUAUUAUUAUUUUUUUUUUUGCAGCAUACUUUUGACUGCUGUUGUAUUUAAAAGAUUUUAAUGGUUCACAUCAGAAAUUGUUAACUUUAUAAAGGGAGGCACUCUGUUUUUCUAUUUUUAUUUUAAAUAUUGUAUUACAUUAAAUUGUGUUUCUAAUAGAAAAUGCACCAUUAAGCUGGUUUUAUAAUGUCUGUUUACUUAUUGUAAAUUUGUUUUUCUGAAGCAGUUGGUAUUUGAAAAUGUAAAAUAAACUUUUGUACAUACCUGCAAA